AUGGCGAGCUCGGUCGAGAAGGAUGAAGUUGUCUCCUUGGAACUCCCUGCUCCUCCUGCUUGGAAGAAAAAGUUCAUGCCCAAGAAAGGAGGGACCCCAAAGAAGAAUGAGAUCAUAUUCACUGCCCCAACAGGGGAGGAGAUCACUAACCGAAGACAGUUGGAACAGUACCUAAAAGCACACCCUGGUGGUCCCGCGAUAUCUGAAUUUGAUUGGGGAACAGGUGAAACCCCUAGGAGAUCAGCGAGGAUAAGUGAGAAGGCAAAAUUUACUCCACCGCCACAAAGCGAAACCCCGAAGAAAAAGAGCAGAAAAUUGUCAACUUCAAAAAACGUUGUCUCUGAAGAAACUGAGGAGGUGAAAGAAAUCCACAUGCAAGAAGCAGAGAAAACUGAGAACGCAAUUGUGGAUGUUGAGAAGGAUGAUGUGAAGGUAAAUCAACUUGAUAAAAAAGAGGAAACCCAAGAUACUGAGAAGGAAGUUGUCAAGGAGAAUCAAGAUGAAACUCAAGUUACCAUUGAAAGAGUACCAGAUGCUCCUUUGGAAGAAGCUAAGCUUGAAAAAGAUGUCAAAAUGCCUGGUAAUGCUGAAGAAACUGAAAAGAAUGCAGAUGGUUCUGAGGAUGCAAAAAUUCAAGCAGUGGUGGAACAAACAUCAGUUAAAACAGGGAAAGAGGAUGGUACUGGGGAACAGGAGAAAAAUGAUGGUAUUUCCGAGGAAAAGAAAUCCAAAGUGGUAGGAGAGGAGAAAGAGGAAAACAAGGGUCGUGCAGCGAAUAAUAGCAGCGAGCAACGAAAUAUUCUGGUUAAAAAUAACACGUGUAAGGUUGUGGAAGGAGAAAUGACUUAG